AUGGCACAGUGUCCUGUUAACUCCUGUGAAAUAUGUGACAAUUCUAUUGGAAGAAGGUUUUGCAUGGAAUGUGAACAGCUUUUCUGUAAUGAAUGUGAAAUAUCACAUUUAAAAACUAAAUCGUGCGUGAAUCAUGAAUUUAAAGAUAUUGAUAAAGCCAAUCCGGAAGUGAAAACACCUAUUUGUAGACAACAUGGAGAAAAGUAUACUUAUUAUUGCAACACGUGUUCAACAUUAACUUGUAAUAUAUGUUUGCCAACCACACACAAUAAACACGAUUUCUGUCUGAUUGAUGCUGCUGCUUCAAAAACGAGGUCAGUUUUGGAUAGAGAAGUGAAAGUAGCUGUAGACAUAAUCAGGCGAGCUAAAAAGAAAGUAACCUCGUUUCGAUUGAGUCUCAAAAACUUCGAAGAUGAAGUAGACAAUACUAAAACAGAUAUUUCCGAAAGGGUGGCUAUCAUAACAAAAGCCCUUAACGACACUAAAGAUUCCUACUUCAAGUCAAUUGACGAGCAUAAAUCGAAAGAAUCUCGUAAAAUGAAAGAUGAAAUUGAUAAGAUUGAAAACACAAUUGCCAUUGAAAAUGACAUACAGUCACUGCAUCAAAUGAAAAGCUUGAUUGAUGGACAAAAUGAUAUUAUUUUGUUGGAUUUAUUCAGUGACUUUACGAAAACUUUGAAAGAAUUAAGUCUCCUUGAUAUCUUUGACAAAGAAUCAACAGCAAAGGUUCAGUUUGUUCCAGCUGCAACGAAAUCUGGGGCAAUAGAAAAACUUAUUGGAAGUCUUAAAUUGGUAGAAUUUAGUGGCGCCGAAGUAAAACCAAACAUAAAAGUGGGUGAUCGAGUUCGUGUGAAAUCCAAAGUAAAGAAACCGACAUUAGGAUGGGGACCUGGAGUCUCUCAUAAAAGUGUCGGUACAGUCGUUGACAUACCAUCAAAUACCAGUGGGCUGGUACACAUUAAAUUCCCCAGUUACUCUUGCUGGGAAGGCUACCUUAAUGAAAUGGAAUUAGUAUAA